AUCGACGAUGAGUCGGCCAAGAGUGUGGUGGCGCUUCUCCUGUACCUCGAGGGCGCGGAGCCGGGCGCGCCGAUCACUCUGCUCAUCAACUCGGGCGGCGGCAAGGUGCAGGCCGGCCUCGCCAUCCACGACGUGAUGCGCUCCCUCUCCUCGCCCGUCCACACCGCCUGCCUCGGCCACUGCGAGUCGAUGGCGGCGGUGCUGCUGGCGGCGGGCGAGCAGGGCCAUCGCACCGCGCUCCCAAACAGCAGAAUCAUGGUGCACCAGCCGACGCGGCGCUCGGCCGGCGGCCAGUCCAAGACGUCGCGGCAGCUGCAAAUCUCGGCCGAGGAGACGGAGAAGUCGCGCCUCAAGCUCGCCGAGUGCCUCGCCCGCGACACGGGCAAGACGCUGCCGGAGAUCGAGGCCCUCCUCGAAAACGACUCGUACUACUCGGCCGCCGAGGCUCGCGCCAUGGGCCUCGUCGACGUGGUC